CCUGGUCAAUGCAUCACCAACCCAGAAGCCCCCCUUCACCCUCACUCGCGAUUCCGCCGUCACUCUGCCCCCGCCGCGGCGCCCCAUUCACUAAUCACGAAUAAAUCAGGCUUCGCUGCCCUCCUCCGUCGCCGCCCCGUCAAACGCCAUUGCUUAAAGCCAGCCAGGGUCCCCGCCCACUGAUUCAGACCACGACGCCCUUCGAUUGCGAACGGCACUGCAUUACACCCUCUCUUACUUCGCUCCCUACGAUGGCCGACCUGCCCAGCGUCUAGCUGCGGUAUGAGCGCAGCUGCUCCCUUGCCGCCCCCAGUUCCCCGGCCCGCGAACGCCAUGAACGGCUACCCACAUGGCGCCAACGGCGCUGGCCCAGAUGGCUGGAGGGGCAGCGAUGGAGCAGGCAGUGGCAGAGGCCCUGGCGGCCUGUUUCCGCCCAUUGCCGACAUCACAGCCUCCGCCGGCGACGCGGUAGACCGUCUGAGACAGGCUCCGAUUACAAGCUUGCUGGAGCAAGGGAAAUACCACUUCAACCAGGCAAGGCUAAUGCUGAACAACCGCUCCUCUCCUCCCACCGGCGCAUACUGGGAGUAUCUCGUGGCGUACACAAUCGUGGUCGACGCGAUACCGAGGCACCGCGAUUACUACGACAGAAUCGAAACGAGCCGCAGUCAGAUGCACCGCGAUUUUGCACAGCUCAGAAAGGACGUCGAUUCCAACCAUGAAAGAUUUAUGCGCAUUAAGACCAUCAUCGUAAAUGACAACAAGAGGAAUGGUGGACAGCAUCAGUCGACACCGUCAACGCGACCAGACUCAAUAAGCUCGACAUAUAGCGCACCCACAGACGGAUCCUCGCAAGGCUCCCGACAGUCAAACGGCUCCUACGGCCGCCGCGAUGACGAACUCAUGCUCCCCAAUGUACCCGACGCGCCUCCGAGCGGCCGUGCUUCGCCGACGGGUUCGUCAGGGUCUCCUAGCAGAAAGCCCGCUAUUCAUCCUAAGCCUCAGUCGCUACAUGGUCGAGCUGUGCAUCAGAGUGCUUCAACCACGAAUAGCGCCAGCGUGAGCGACCUUGCCGAACGAUUCGCAAAACUGAGGGGUGCUGCGGCACCUCUCGAUACCGCCUCUGGACGCUCCAGCCAGGAUCUGUCAGUCAAGAUGCCGUCUCCGUCGGAUUAUCAUUCUUCUACCCGUCCCUUGGGCCCGCGUGACAUGCCCCCUCCUUUGCAUGAUCCGCCUCGGCCUCCCAAGCUCCCGCUGAAUACUCAACUCGCAGCUUCUAUGCCAAAGGAACCAAGUCCGACGUAUAGCCCAGCUCGAAACCUUUCGUUACCCGCGAGCAUUAACCCUCCUCGCAGUACUGCUAGAAGCAUGGUAGGAACAGGCGGGCGCACGAACUCCAUGGCUACCUCCAGCGUAUCCAGUUAUGCGCCAAACACAAACGGGCAGACCGACAGCUACUUUCCGACGCAGCCAAGCAGCCAAGAAAGUUCCUCAACGAGGAGAAAAUCCGUCGGCAAGCCCCUAGAGACACAGAUCACGGCGGAGAAGCUAUAUGACUAUAUCCGCAUGUAUAAUGUACUCCUCAUCGACGUGCGGAGUAGGGCAGAAUUUGACGCGGGCCAUAUUUACGUUCACGCGAUCAUCUGUGUCGAGCCGGCAUCUCUGCAAGACGGGUUCUCUGCAGAGCAACUCCAGGACAGGCUUGUGAUCUCACCGGACGAAGAACAAGUGAUGUACGACCGGAGGAACGAGUACGACUUGGUCGUCUACUACGAUGAGAAAACCAAGACGAAUGGCUUCCUUCAAAAAUACGCCCCGAACGAGAAUGAGCAGGCCUUGAAGCGAUUGUUUGAUACGCUGCACGAGUUCAACGCGGAGAAGCCGUUGAAACGACCACCCAUCUUCCUCAUGGGCGGUAUCGAGGCUUGGACCGAACUGGUCGGUCCCCAGGCAUUGAAGAUGUCGACAACAGCUUCGUCGAUUGCAGGUGGUCAAUCUAGGUCUCGAGCGCUAAGACGGUCACCCGCUGCCGGAUAUGGAUCGCGUCUGAACCUUCAGAGGCGAAAACGCGAAUACGUAGUGUUGGACCCAGAGGAGGAACGACAAUGGCUAGAGGAAGCGCGACGAGGUAGGGCCGUGGUUGAACAGCCCCCGGAGGACGACGAGGAAGAGGAGGCAACGUCUCCGAUGUAUCGCACCACUGAAGAGUUCUUACGCCGGUACCCUGACAUAGAGGACCAACAGUCGAUGAUGUACCCGUCUCUACGGCCUCAGGCACCAAGUCAGUAUGUCCAGCCAUCGAUACCUCAGGCGCCCUCACGACCUGCACCCUCUGUGCCUCGUGUGAGUUACAGCGGGGUCCACGAACGGCAACUUGCGCGGCAGACGAAUGGCGCUCAGCCGCCCGUCUACGUGUCGCCUGGACGGCAUGGUCAUAUUCGCCUCCACAAGACCGGCCUCAUCAAUUUCGGUGUAACGUGCUAUAUGAACUCGGUGGUGCAGUGCUUGAGUGCGAAUCAACCGCUCACGAACAUAUUCCUGUCCGGACGGUACGCGCAGGAUCUUCAGAAAGAGAAUUGGAAAGGGACGAAAGGUAUUUUACCUGAAGCUUACGCCACGCUACUGUCGAACCUCUACAAAGGCGACACAAGUGCCAUUCGUCCCAGUACUUUCAGAAAAGUGUGUGGGCAUUUCAACCGCGUCUGGGGCAUUGACGAACAGCAAGAUGCCAAGGAGUUCCUCGAAUUCGUCUUGGACUCUCUCCACGAGGAUCUUAACGUCACAUGGAACAAGCCGCCGCUCAGGCCACUUUCGGAUAGCGAUGAGCUGGCGCGAGAACGGCUGCCUCGCCAAUAUGCAGCAAAGAUUGAAUGGGGCCGCUACCAGCAUCGUGAGAUGUCCUUGAUCGGAAAUCUCUUUGCCGGCCAGCACGCUUCUCAGCUCACUUGCCAGACUUGCGGAGUUACAAGUACCACGUACGAAGCUUUCUGGAGUAUCAGUGUGGAAAUACCUCAUGAUCGGGCCUGUGACGUGAGAGACUGCCUGCGGUCGUACUGCUCGGCGGAGCGCCUUGUUGGAGAAGACAUCUGGCGCUGCCCACGUUGCAAGAAGAACCGGGAAGCGAUGAAGAAGAUUACCAUCACCCGCGCGCCAGACACGCUCGUGAUACAUUUCAAGCGAUUCAGCGCCUCCCGAAACGAAAGUGCGCGCAAGGUGCGGACACUGAUUCACUUUCCACUCCAAAAUUUAGAUAUGGGACCUUUCAUGGAGCCGCCAAUCACACCGGAGCAAGAAGCAUACGUCAUGCAGACUGCGCGGGACCCGGCUGGCCAAUUGACCGGGCUCAAGACUGACCCUGCGAUGAACGGACCGUACAUUUACAAUGCGUACGCUGUCAUCUGGCAUAUCGGUGCGAGCUUGUCGAGCGGGCAUUACAUCGCCAUGGUCAAGGACAAGACUCGGGGCUGCUGGCGUCAAUUCAACGACGAUGCAAUUCGAGAUUUUGAGCCCGGUAACUUGCCGCCUGAAUCCCGGCUCCAGAACGACAAGGCGUACGUCGUCUUCUACGAACGUGAGCGGGUGGCUGGCGGCGCCUUUUGAUCUUCUUGCACAAAUGGGCGGUGCACCUUUGGAUAAGCCGCGCUCUCCACUGCAACGAUUUUGGGAACGUCUCCCCGCAGGCACUGGAGAAUGCAUUUGCGUACAGUCUUUGUUUAGCGGGUUACUUACAUAUGCUUUCCUGUCCAUAUACUAUUAUGCCGAUAAUCGCUGGGCCCGGAGUAGGAUCCGGACUGCGAGGAUGCAUGGCGUUGGCGUGGGUAGGCGCAGUUGCAGCGAUGUAUACUGCAUGGCAGGCGUAUGUCUAUUAUGAUAUCAUGGCCUUUUGUUAUUUUGAGUAUCUUUCGGUAGCAUGAAUGGGUUGAAUGGAUCUUCCGAGGAAAUCCAGCGAGUUCCUGAAGUACUUCAGUGAUGAAUCCACAAUCGCGAUGGGCUUGGUAAAGAGUG